AUGUACAGCCUGAACGAGACCUUCAGCCAGUGUAAAGUCAUCCCAGAAUGUCCGCUGACCCUGGAUGACUUCCUCCACUACAAACAUCUGGUGAACCGACGUCUGCAGGAGAAGCAGCUGAGUGACGAGCUGGAGGAACAAGCCACUCUGCAGUUCUCCUCCAUGGAUCCGGAGAAGAAGGGACAGAUAGAAUGGGCCGAUUUCCUUUCCCAUGAGUCCAUCUGCCUGCUGCAAAAACUGCGCACCCAGAAUUCUCUGCUGCGGCUAUUAUCCACCAAGGAGCGAGAGAGAGCCCGCGGAACCUUCCUGUCCCUGGAUCAGGACAAUGACCAGCUGAUCACCGGCAGCGAAUGCCGAAGGGCGCAGCACGGAUGGUUCUGCAAGCCGGCUAAAGAGGCAGCUUCAUGUAACGUAAGUAUUAGCCAUGUUGGGCCGAUGUCAGAGAGCAGUCCAGCCAGCAGCACUAGCGGAAAAAGCCAAGAGAAGAUCCCUCUUGCCACAGAGUCCGAUGACAGCAGACAAGUCAGCUGGGACACCUUCCUGAAGAAGAAUGUCAUUUUCAUUCUUGCUGCUCGGCCAAACAGUUCUGCCAUCCAUCUAAAGCCAUCAAUAUAA